CUUGAAUUUCAACACUCAGCAACCUCUUACAGCAGGAUGGGCUGGGAUGGGAGCUGAUUUGAAGUUUGACAAAAUAAUAUCAGCAGCAGUUGACAAGGCUGAGUUCAUGAACUAUUUACUGAUGAAGACUAUUAUCCUGCCCAAAUGACAGGAAUCGUUCAGUGUAGGAUGUGCCACUUGCAGUUUCCAGGAGAGAAGUGUUCCAGAGGCAGAGGAAUAUGCAUUGUAACAAGUGAAGAGUCUUGCACAACUGGCAGGAUUUCCAAGAAAGACGGUACUCCAUGGUUAAUGUUCAUGGGCUGCCUGAAGAGCUGUGCUAAUGUGGGCAAAAUAAAAUGGAGUGUCUACUUGGUGGAGUUCAGGUGCUGCCGGGGCUAUGACUUCUGCAAUGAAUACCUAUAGAGACUGCCUGUCCUUCAGGAGCUCCAAUCUCUGGAUGAUAUUGUUGCCUCCGCCUCCUUGCAAUGAUCUCUUAAAAAGCCACAUUUCAGGUUGCAAACACAUGGUUCUGCCUUCUGCGUGUGUAA